AUGGAAGGGGUUUGCUUGGCUCCUCCUUUAGAUUAUCUGGAGGCUCUCGAGGACAGCAUAUUGUCGUCUGCUGUCUCUUCAUCUUCUUCUUCACUUUCUUCUUUUCAAACUGCUCAGCAGCAGCUCAGCUGCGUUUUACAAGCCCACAACUCUGAAGAGGAUAAUACACAAACAGUACGAGUUGCUGCUGCUGCUGCUGCUGCUGCUGCUGCUGCUGCUGCUGCUGCUGCAGAGACAGACGAGCGCACCAUCUACGAAGCUGCAGAUUCACAAGUACAGCACUGGGGGGACUCUACAGCAGCAGACGCAGCAGCAGCAGCAGCAGCUGCUGCUGCAGCAGCAGACGCAGAUACAGCGUCCGGAGCAUCUCUCCGUGUGCUACAGCAGCAGCAACAGCACCAACUGCAGCAGCAGCAGCAGCAGCAACAACAACAACAGCAGCAGCUAUGGAUAUGGAGGCAUUGCAAACGAAUGCUGAGACGAGGGAAGGAAGGUGUAGCAGCAGCAAUCUGUCUUGAAGAGAGACUGCUGCGGCGUCUGUGCAGCAGCAGCAGCAGCAGCAGCUGGGGCAGCAGCUGCUGCUUCUGCAGCGGCAAUGCACUGUCUCUCCCUUUGACUGAUUCAUCAUCAUCAGCAGCAGCAGGAGCUGAGACAGCAGCAGCAACUUAUGUUUGCUGCUGCUACAAGACAGGUGCUUCCUGGGAAGCAGCAGCAGCAGAAGCAUGCGGCUCUUUUAUUUUGUCUUUGUUUAUUUUUCUCUCUGCUAUUUUUAAUUCUAUUCCUCAGCAGCAGCAAAUGUCGGUGCAGCUGCUGCAGCUGCUGCAGCUGCUGACGUUCUAUGGAAGGCUGCCGUUGCUGCUCUAUCUCCCGGCUGCUGCUGCAGGUCUUCAUCUUUCUCCCGCUUUGUUGUAUGCAAAUUGGGUGGCGGCGCCUCACCGCCGUCCGUUAGCUUUUAUUAAUUUGCUGCUGCUGCUGCAGUACGCAGCAGCAGCAGCAGCAGCAGCAGCAGUUUGGACUGUCUUCGGCUCUACAGGGUAUAUAGCAGCAGCUUUCUCUGUCUCUUCUUCGCGUUUGCUGCUGCAGACAGCAGCAGCAGAAGUUUCUCUGGCUGUCCUCAUGGGCUUAGUCGUUUUCUCUGUCUCUUCUUCUUUCUCUGUUCGUUCUAAACAAAAUAAUCACCUCGCUGGUGAAGCUAUUCCCCUCAAGCACCCAGCAGCAGCAGCAGCAGCAGCAGCAGCAGCAGCAGCAGCAGCAGGGGACGGUGCAGCAGCAGCAGAGUGUGCAGCAGACUGGUCAGAUAUUGAGUGGAGGGAUAGCGGUAUCUUUAAAAGCAGCAGCAGCAGCGGCAACAUCAAUAGCAGCAGCAACAGCAAUAGCAGCAGAAGACACAGCAGCACCAACAACAGCAGCAAGAAGCUGCUGCAGUUUCGUGUUGCAGCACUGUCGCUGCUGCUGCUGCUGUUUGCUGCUCUUCACCCCCCCUCUCCUGUUGCGCUAAAUCCUGCCGCUGCAUAUAUGGCUGCUUGGAUCUCAAAGGCAGACAGACGCACAGCAGCAGCAGCAGCAGCAGCAGCAGCAGCAGCUCCUCAAGACGCAGCAGCAGCAGCACCGCCAGACCCAGCAGCAGCAGCAGCAGCAGCAGCAGCAGCAGCAGCAGCAGCAGAUGAGGAUUCGUUGUUGAGCUGGGCUCGUUCUUUAUUUUAUUUUUUCUUCCUCUUCUCUGCAGCUCCUUACCUUGGCUUUCAGAUAGCAGCAAUUCUCUGGUGCAGGUGCGGAUGCAGCAGCAGCAAGAGCAGCAGCAGCAGCAGCAGCAGCAGCAGCAGCAGCAAGAGCAUAAGCAGCAGCAGCAAGUUGAAAUACGGUUCUUGCAUCCAGCAGCAGCAGCUGCUGCUGCUGCUGCAGCACGAGGAGGAGGUGCAGCAGCAGCAGCAGCAAGAGGAACUCUCAAAGGGCUGCAUUACUCCGAUAUCCCUCUAA